GAGGCCGUGGGCUGUCUGUUCGAUACACAUACACACACAUAUACACAUAUGCCAAAUCCCUCUUGUGUAAGGCGCGGACUGUGCUGACGCCGCCCACCGCCUGUCUGCGCGGCACGAGGCUUUACGAGAGAGCGAACACCCACACUCCUGCGUAGUCCCGCCGCCACCGGCCUUCCACUCUGAGCGCAUGGCGCCGACAGAGAUCGCCACAUCGAUCCUGCUCACGUACGCCGGCUCGGAAUGGCUGCACGGCUCGCGCCGCCGCGCCAUCGUCAGCGGCGGCGCGGCUGCCGCACUGCAGCUCCUCGUGCGCGUGUUGGCCCUCGGGCUCAGCGGCUCGGCCCGUGCCCUGUCGGCGGCGGCGGGCCUGCGCAUCCCGCCGCUGCUGAAGGCGCCGCUCAUUGCGUUUUUCUUCAUCGGGACGCUGUGGCUCGACACGGUCGGACGCGGCCGGCUCAGCCGUGCCGACUUUGCGGCCGAACUCCAGAGCGCGACGCUGCGGAUGCUGCCGCUGUGCCCGCUCCUCUCGCUCCUCGUCGCCGCGGCGCUGCUGGGCGUUGGCGAAGCGUUCGAGCACCUCGGCCUGCCGACCGAGUGGCUCGAUCUGCCAAUCUACUAUGGCGUCUUCUACGGCCCCUUCGUCUACACGUACCUCCUCGUCAAGGCGGCCGCCGCUCGCGCGACGCUGCUGCCGACGAGCGUCGCAGGCGGGAGGAGAUAGGUUGAUGCGUGAUGAAUUCUUCAGAACUUCAUUCUGAACAAAA